CACACUCCUGCUUGCUGUUACCAGGAAGCAGGAGACGCGCUGGGAGAAGCUUGAUUUACCAACCGAAGUCUCUGUGAUGAAAUGGAUCGUUUACUACAGGGCUGCUUUGUUUAUGUCGGUAAUGUGAGAUCAGCAGAUAAACCAGCCUGUAACCGAACCUGCUGAUAAAACAACAUGAGUUCCGUGCUGGAGGUCGGGACGGGAGUUUUCGUCGUCGCGUUGGUUUGGAUCGCGGCUCUUGUGAUUGGGAUGAUGCUGCUGAGAGCAUCCGGAUCAGCCAAGUUAGGAGUGAUCCCUGUUUUUCUCCUGGCUCUCACCAUCACUCUGGCUCUGGUGUUUUUCCCUCGCAGCCCUGAGACACCUCCCCCUUUCAAAGAAGUCGAGAUAGUGGACACCUUGUUCAUCGGCCGCUACGUGCUGCUGGCAGUGGUGAGCGUGGUCUUUCUGGUGAUGUUCUUCAUGCUGCUCCCCUUUCAUUUCCUGGAGCCGGUCUAUGCCAAGGCCUUAAGAACGCAUUAGAGCCGUCAGGGUCAGGGUUGGCAGCGGGAUCACAUCGCUGAUUGUAUUCAAUUUAAGACAAGCAGGGCCUGGCGAGAUCACCCACCCCCCACCACUUCAUGUGGAGACGGACCAUAGAAUGCAUCCCAAACAGAAACAACAGGAGAGCCAGCGUCUUCUACAGGGCCCUGUGUCAGCUGGUUGUUGGCUGUUUAUGCAAAACCAACAGUAACAGUGUUUGAUUAUAUGUUGGAUCAUUUUAUACUUAGGAUGAAUGAUGUGUGUAAAGCAGUAAAGCAAUUUUGAGUCAACCAACACUGAAAUAUAAUUUUACAGAGAUGUUAAAUAUUUACACAUAUACUGUAUGUUGGUUCCUGUAAUCCUGUGUUGGUGACAGUACAUGCAACACAUUAAAUACAAAAUGACUCACUGCACUAAGUGAUAAAACAUUCUUAAUGUGUUGUCCCAUUUACGCCAGUCUGAAGCCUUCAGAUUGCAUACGUGU